AUGGAUCAUUUGGCUUUCACGUUAGGUCUUUUAACCACUACUGGUGGUAUCAUGGGUUACGCCCGCAAGGGUUCCGUCCCAUCUUUGGCCGCAGGGUUAGUUUUUGGUGGAGUGUAUGGAUACAGCGGAUAUUUGCUCCACGAGAACAGGGACAAUGGCUUAGAAUUGGCCCUUGGAGCAUCGGCUCUUAUGCUAAUCACCGGUGUUAUUCGCGGUAUCCCCUCAAGAUUCAAGAAGCCUGUGCCAUUAGUGCUAACAGUGCUAGGUGCGGUUGGAUCGUCCUACUACUACAAAAAAUACAAGGAAUUUUACCCUUGA